AACUCAGCCCCCUAUUUAACCAACCAAUACGUUGGGCAGAAAAAGAAAAAAGGAAUAGACCAAAACCAAGCCUAUCCUUAAUAAUAAUACAAAACCAAAUGGCCGUCUAAGUUUGUGAAGCUUGAGUAGGCCUAGUUGUUAUGAGUUUUGUUUAUUAUGAAAUGUAUGUUGGAGUUUACAUGUGUUUUCUGUGCAAGUGGAAUGUUUUCUUAAAACUUUUAUUUUAACUAACGUGUUUAGAAUAAACUUUUGGAAUAAAUGGUUCUGCUCGUUUCAGUUUCAUCGUUAUUUAUUUUGAUGCAAGUAUUCGUUUUAUCGUUAUAUUUAAGUUGCUGUCAAUAUUUGGCCCAUGUUAAGAUGUAAUGCUGAAUAUUCUGCUUUGGAUUCUAUAAAGUUAGUAUCUGACAAUCUAUCUGAAAGAGUGAAACUUGAUUGUGCAAAUAACUAUGAACUAUGUGAAAAUAAAGAUGGUGUUCUCAUAGCUAAUAAAAUAAAAAGUGAAGUUAUUGAGGUCUCAAGUGAAACAAUAGUAAAUGGCUGUUCAUCUUUGAAGUCUCCUGAGGUUAAGGGUCAGAAGACACUAUACCAAGACAGUGGCAAAGGGAAUAGUAUGACUGAUAUGAGCUUGAACAGUAACUUAAUGUUUAGAAGUAUGUUUUUCAUGAAUGAUGAAGCUACACGACAUUUUUUGGCACCACCUUUGCCCCCAGUACAGCCAUGUGAUAUGCAAGCAGAUUACAACUUCCAGAAGAAGUUGAUAUCUCAAGUAUCAGGUUCCAGCACUCCAGGAUCAUCAUCAGUCACUACGAGCAGUACAAACACUGGUAACAUCAGUGUGUCUUCGGCCAACAUUAACACAAGUGGACAAAGCACGACAGGUACCAACACGACCAAUCCUGGUAACCAACAGACGACAGUGAGUGUAGGUUCAGCUACAUCUCCUGUGGACAACAAACUCAACAUAACUCUGCCUAAACAGAGACCUCACACCUGUGAGGAGUGUGGCAAAACAUUCUUGAUGAAGCAUCAUUUGCUCACUCACAUGCGGGUAGUACACACUGGUGAAAGGCCAUAUGUAUGUCCUGAGUGCAACAAGAGCUUUGCACUAAAGCAUUGUCUCAGCACUCAUCUGCUGCUACAUACAGCCGAACGCCCUUACAAGUGCAACGAGUGCAACAAGAGCUUCACACUUAAACAUCAUCUGGUGAGCCAUGAGCGUGUCCACACCAGGGAUCGACCGUUUGAGUGUACUGAGUGUGGACAGCGGUUUCCUCAGAAGAGGCAUCUUUCAACACAUAUCAAGUUCCAUUCUGGAGAAAGGCCAUUCUCAUGUCAGGUUUGUGGAGAGUCAUUCUCAAGAGAGGAACACUUGGUGAUGCACUCGAGGUUCCACGGAGGUCUCAGCCCCUACAACUGUCCUGACUGCGGGGCCGGGUUCUUGCGCAAGUUUGAGCUGGUGAAUCACGAGCGACAGCACGGCCGCAACCCUGAGUCCUGCCCCCAGUGUGGCAAAGAGUUUCUGCAGAAACGCACUCUGCUGGUGCAUAUGCGCUCCUGCAAUGGCAGUGGACCUGUCAAUCAGCAGUCCUUCUCACCCACCAGAUUCAAUGAGAGUGGUUCCCCUCCUAGAUUUACUGAUAGCUCUCCAACAAGAUUUAACGAUGGAAUUAACCAGCGGUUUCCAAACAAUAGUAAUUCUUCUCCGAGAUACUCUGAAAACAGCAGUAGCCAGUUCAGGUUCCCUGAGGGCCAGAUCAGGUUUAACAAUGAUAACACACCCUCACCUUCUACUGUACCUUCAAUGCAAGCCCCAAAAGACAAAGUUUGCAAGGAGUGUGGGGAAACUUUUGCAAGUGUUGAAGGACUUGCUCUACACUUACGUUUACACUUUGGGGAUCACAGUUUCCUAGCUGACAUUUGUAGUUUAGCUGCGUCUUUGAAACAAACUGCAGUCAAUGUUGUAACCAGUCUUAAGAAGACACAUAUUUGUAGCGACUGUGGCCGUGGAUUUACUCAAAGACAUGGUCUGUUCCAACACAGACAACGACACGCCAACGGAAGUUGCAAAGAAAAACCCUUUGCAUGUGAAAAGUGUGGUAAGAGUUUUGCGCAGAAAAAUCACCUCAUGCUUCAUGAGAGACAACAUAUGGAUUUACCAUCAAGAAGUACAAAAAACAAUCAAAAAAGCCUCCAGCGCAGGUCAGAUAGUGUGGAGCAGAUGGAUACAUCUAGUAACUCUGGACAACAGAUAGAGCAGAAUCAUCAGGGAGAGAGAACCACACAGAGCUCAGACAUUAUAAUGCAGAAUCACUCUGAUCAUCAGAGGGUCGAUAUGUUAAAUAUGCACUCGUCAAAGCCAUCCGAUGGCACUUCACAAAACGAGAAGGGAAACAUUAUGAUGAUGCAGACCAACCAUUCCGAUCUCCAAAGAGACUUGUUGAACCGACACAGUUCAGAAUCUUCGAGCGACAGGAAUUCACAGAUGCAUCAAGAUCUUAUAAAUAGGCAUACUUCUGACUCGACUGAUAGUACCUUACAACCUGACCAUCAGCGAGAACUGUUAAACAGACAUCCUUCAGAAUCUUCAGCAGAGAGGAGUAUGCAGAUGCAGCAGGCUCAUGCGGAUAGUCAUCUGAUCAGCCGACACAGUAACAAUCCAGUGCCAUUAAUAAGGAUGCACAACCGAGUGAGUCAGAGUGGGUUACAACAAGGCUCUAGCAGUCGGUCAAUGAUAACUCACCACCAUCACAUGGGUGGAGCUCAGAGCUCAGAGCAAAUCAUGCCUUGUCUGCACCCCGUGCCUAGUAAACAGUAUUAGCCAUAGCUUAGUACUUGUCAUUCUAAGCAAUAAAAAAGUAGUUAAAAUAGAGUGUACAUUAAAGUAUUGUUGCAUCAUGAAAAAGAAUUGUUAAAAAUCCAUAUCGUAACAAAAUAAGUACGGGACUGAUUGCUCUAAAGUCACAAUUCCUGUUUUAACCCUUUGAACUCUAUUGAUUAUUUAAUGAUUUGACUAUACCUAUUUUAAUAAUGUUUCACCUCAUAUAAUCAACUAUAAAAUCCAAAUUAUUUCAAAACAAGAGAAUGGUAGACUCACACACACAAAACAAGGGUAGUAAAAUGUAAGAUUUGAGGCAACUCGCAAAAAAUUCACCCAUCCUGUAAACUUCUAUCUUCUAUCCAAUCCGCUGUUUAUUUUAGGUGGGUGUCUCUUCCCACCAAGCUCUGCCACAAUAUACUGUGUUGUCAGAGAGAACCCUUAGAUUGCUCAGCCUGUGAUCUGACCCUUUAGUGUUGUAUAGGCCAACCAUAAUGGUCUACCGAAAUCCCAAGCUUAGUAGUUACGGACUAGCUUGCACUGAUGAAAGUACAAGUUUGGUUAUGUUAGUCUUGGGUCCCAUAAUAUAUCAUAGGAUAGCGUUCAAAUGGUUAACCAACAAACCUAGUUUGUUCUCUUCCAUAGUAUGUGGGUAGUGGGGAGUGGAAGAUAAAAUCAGAACUUCCUCUGGCAGCUUUAAACAGCCAAUAAUUUGGAAUGUAUAAUUUAAAUUAUAAUUGUCUAAUGUCAUUAGACUCAUGUAGUCAUUGAACACCCAAAGUCAUUUAAACAGCACAUUCUUAUAUAUUUUUGUAAAAACAGAUACAACAUGGCAAGUGCAAAUGUACCUAACUAGUUAUUAAAAUGAUUAAUCUGAUGAUGGUUCUCAGAAUAAUUUCGAUUGAACCAGUGGGUUUGUUUGUAAGUUUUGUCGCUUAAAAAAUCAAUAUUUUUUAGAGUUUUAAUACCUUGAAAAGUUGCUAAAUUAUAAGACCAAAACAGGAAAAAAUAAAAAAAGAUCGGUUGUUAUGUUCCGGUUGUGCAUGUGCUCUAAAGUUUGAAAAAAAAAAUUAAGAUUUUUAUUUUUUUUAUUUUUAAUAUGUAAUACAGUACCUAGUUGAAAAUAUCAUCUACAAGACUAAGGAAUUUAAAUUUAAAUUAUGGUAUUGUAUGUUACGAUCUUCUGGUCGUGCAUCAACUGCAAAUAUUGCAAAAGUCAAGAAAAAUGUCAUUUUGUACUAGUCUUAUUUAAAAUAUAAUUAUUAUGAAUAUCAAAAUGUAAUACUGAAAAUCUGUGUGUACACAUUCAGAUAGUAACUUAAAAAUCCAACUGAAAACGUCCGAAUUGAUCUUCCAGUUGCACAUAGCAAUACAAUAAUUCACUUGAGCGCGGAACUGUUUGGUCAGUGACCCACACGACGUCAUGUGAUAAGUUUCCGAAAUUGAAAAACAGGAUGGUGAUGAUAAUGUAUCCUUGUGCUCACCCUUCUAAAAUUGACGAUUCUAGUGACAGCAUAAUAGAGAGUAGGCUAUUUUCAAUACUCUAAAAAUUACUCUCUAAUGAGCCAACUAUUUUUUGUGGCAAAACAAGUACAAAUAAUGCAUUACUAAUUCCUAUAUAUGAAACUAUGGCCCAUUUUUACCCCAUAAACCCCUGUUCCCAUAGUCUGAUCAUGCUGGUUUUUCUAAUUUGUUUAUUGUAGGUUUACACAUUUAUACCAAAUUUCAUCAAAAUCAGAUAAUUUUUUUAUAUAAUAGUCUAAACAGGAGAUUUUCAUUAACACAAGCAAUAAGUAUGAUUGAGAUUUUGUAAGCGUAUGUAACUUUUUUUACAUUAGAUUGUUAGACCCACAUUAUUCUCCACCAAGUAUUCUUGUCCUGUUGUGAAGCACAGCAGAACAACUUAGUUCAUUAAUUUAAAGCCCAAUGAUCAGGGACAGCCGGGUCCAGUUUCAAACCAUCAAAAAGCUACUGACUUUACUCAGGAUUGUACCGGCAACCUUUUGAUUGUUAGGCAAGGUCUAAAACCACUCUGUCUACAGUGUAGGCCUAUGUGAAAAUUAUUGUGAAACAACAACUCGGCAAUUUGUGAACCCAGAGGUUGUCAAGUUAUACAGAACAAUAAAAUUUUUAAUAGGUUUUAAAUCGAAUACAUAACAGACUACUUUUUACUUUGGAGAAAGUAUUUGUUUCGUCAAAAUUUUUGAGUUUUGAGUGGAUAUAUCCAUUUUGGGCCCCCCUGAACCCAAAAAAGUGGUUUUCGAAGUGUGUGUGUCUGUAUGUGUGGAUGUGUACAGAGCUACAGACCACACCCGUAGUCCGAUUUUGAUGAAAUUUGCUAUGUAGGUACUAGUCAAUGGUAUCUCCAUGUGUUUUUUUUUCAUUUUUUUUAUUUUAGCAAAUUUCACAUAUAGGGAAUAAGCUAUUACCGUAGGUCUCAUGGUAAGACCUAGACGCAGGACCGAUUUACUUUUUCGUUUUGAGAUCCCCAGAGGCCAAAAACACCCUCCGUUCAAAUUCGUAUAUAUUUAUAUACAUGUGACCAUUAGCGAGAUAACUCAAGCAAAAAUGAUCCGAUUUUAAUCAAAAUUUGGUACUAACAUGUAAACUUAGUUUAUUUGAAUGAGUUAGCAAACCAGCAUGAUUGGACUAUGGGAAUGGGGGUUUUAUGGGGUAAAAAUUGGAUUUCCCAUUUUUGACAUUGAAAAUCAAAAUUUCACAAUUUCCAAACCAUUUUGUAGGGCUUAAAAAAAGAAAAAAAAUUUAAUUCAAAAUUCCCACAUUUUUCUUAUGGAGAAUAAAAAAACUUUUGUAGUUUGCUGGUUUAUGGAUGUAUUUUAAUCAAAUUUGGCAAUUUUGUUUAUUUCAUACUUAUGUUUAUAUUUUCACAUAUUGAGUGAGUAAAUGAUCUUCAAAGAAAUUUUGAAUAUACUAAAUGUUCUGAAAAAAGCCUCUGUACAUCCUGUUCGCUGUUGACUCUCGAAUUACCGGGUGUUGAGUUAGUGGGGUUUUACUGAACAGGUUUUUAGGAUAAAAAGUAUUAUUAGUAUAAGCAGGUCAUGUUGAUCAUGUAGAGAUAAUAAAAAUAACAGUCAAUCAUAAUAUUUUGAAUUGAGUUGUACAGCCAUAAUUAAACUAGUUUUAGAUACUAUUUUAUUAUAUCACUAAAAAUAAAAAAUAAAUUGAACCUAUAAAAAGGCUGCUUUGGCCUUUUUAGUAAACAAGAUUAGUAAAACAAUUAAAUUGUUAUAAGUUUAUGAGACCACUAAUUGUAAAACUUGAACUUUUCAUAAGAUGUUGAAAAAUUGGGUCAUUUUAAAAAGUUGAAUAGUGCUACUGAUUGGCCAAAACUUCUGUGCGGGUCGCUACUAGCCACACUAAAACAUACAGGUUAUUGGCACUGCUAGAGGUAGGAGUGAGUGAGUCAUGAUAAAGGUAGCAAGACACAAAUGUUUUCACAAAAGUAUCCCCUCGCCAAGACUUGACCAGAUCUGACCACACUCACAUAAAUUUUGGCCAAACUGUCCUGGAAAAUUUGCUAUCUCUACAUUAACUUAGGCUUUUUUAAAUGACAAAUUAUAACCAAUGAAGUUCAUAUCGACUUAACUGUAAUUUUAAUGACACACUUCAAACAAUAUUAUUAUUACUCUUACUAUGACAUUUUAAGAGCCCUUGGAUGUUAGCGACCAUCGUGGAUACUUACAAACAGCUGCUGAAGAGUUAUUAAUCAUUAAAAAAUAAACACCAAAGUGAUCAUAGUUUAUAUCUAGGACACUGUAAGAUUAUAAAUUUUCUUUGUAGUUUUGAAUUUUCUUCCAAGGGAGUCCAUUAAAGCUGACAGAAAUCUUGGAUUUGCCUGCCAUAAGAGCAAUGUUAAUUUUGUUAAUUUCAAACAGCCACUAAAGAGGUAUUCACUAUCUCAACAUGUUUUUUUAAACACAAGAGUGAUUGUAAUUUAAAUAUCUAGUGCACUGUGGGAUAAGAAUGUUCUUUUCAGUUUUUUUAAUUGUUUUAUGUGUUGAAACAUCUAACGUCUAGGCUCCAAGGACUCUUUAGACAAUAUUGCCAGCUAAGCAAUUAGUGUCACAGAUUUUGCUGGUAAAGGGAGGAGAAACUCCCCUGAGUUUCCUAAGUUUGUGGUAGAAUUAAAUGUUCUACCUACUGUAUGAAAUAAUAGGUUGUACUGUACAUCUAAUUAUGAAACAAAUAUAAAACUAAAUAACUUCUUGAUCAGCAUUGUACGUGUUAUUAAAUUUACGGAAAGUAAAUAAAGAUACGUCUUAUAACACUUAAAACAUAUAUUUACGCUUAUACUGUUACUCACAAGACGGUAAAUAUACAAAA